AUGGCGACCGUGCAGUGCUGCAAAUGCACGGCCGAAAGGAAAGGGUUUCGGCGGGAACUUGAUUCUUGGCGACACAAACUGAUUCACUGCGUCGGGUUUGAAAGCAUUCUGGAGGGAAUCUAUGGCCCACUGCUGCUGAGGGACCUCAAUUUAUUUGAUGGCUGUGAACCUGAGGAGGUGGACGACUGGUCCUCAGAAACAAGUUGCUCUCAAUGCUCGUUCUGCAACCUUUCCCUGGACAAAGUCAGCACUGACCAUCUACCUGCAGCCACGUCGCCCCUCUCCUCCCCCUCUGAUUACUCUCCCUGUCAGGCUCCAACCAUCUCUGAGAGCAGCCAAUCAGCGCACAGGAUCCUUCUUGCUGUGUUUCACAAACAAGAUGUGUCCCUGGGCUGUGAUAUCAACAUCCCUCCGGUUGCUCAGGAGCUAAUGAAGAAGAUGAUACAUCAGUUUGCCUUGGAGUACGCAUCCAAGUGCCUAAUCCACACCAGUACAAAUGGUGUUACAACAAGGACCUCAUCACCUUUGCCACAACCAUCAGACGCCCCUCUGGACCUCACAGUGAGCCGAACUGGGGAGGAGAAAGAGAAUGAAAGUGACCCGGAUGGCGUGCUCGACCUCUCCAAAAGGAACACUGCAUGCUCAGCAACUUCAUCAACACCAUCUAAUCACAAAGCCUCAGGGAGGCAGCGCAGGCAGUACAAUGAGAGGAACUUGGAGCUGUCUGAGGGGUUGCUGUCCAAGGCCUUGAAGGACAUUCGUUCAGGGAGGCUACAGGAGCAGCGGGCCGCAUUGCUUUAUGGGAUACCGCUUCACACCCUGAGACACGGUCUGGAUGGCUGUGCUGAGGGAAGGCUGGGGAUACGACAUCAACUUGCACCAGGAAGCAGAGAUUCCAGGGAUGAAGUGACAUCAUACAAUGUGAUGUCGUCAAUGUUCGGUGGCGAAGCCCGUCUUGUCCUGCAGAAGGUGGCAGCGUGGGCGGAGCGGGCAGAGAUCGGAGGAGCUGCGGAGGAAAACGGAGACUUGUGUUUUCCUUCUUCCUCCCUUACCUUCUAUCAGCCCAGCAGUCUUCAGAAGACACUCAGGGAUGCUCUCCAGCCCGCAGCAAGCCCCACGCCCAGUCUGGAGCGACCCGCGUCCCUACGUAUUCCUCAGGUCCGCUGCUCGUCCAACCACAACAGAUCCAUCUCAGCUGAGAAUGGCAGUGUGUCUGAAAACAUAACUCAACGUACCUCAUCAAUGGAUGGUUUCGUCGGUUCCUCGACCGCUACCGCGAGACCUUCGUCUCUCUUCAAACUCAGACCUAUCUUACCACACGGCUGUCCGGGCAGUGCCAACCAGUCACCGCAUCGCCUGGGACCACGCGGGUCCUCACUGGAUGAUUCAGAAGACGGGGGCGUCCGGGAUAAAGACAAGCAACCGAGAAAGAAACGCGGGAGAUACCGCCAGUACGACCACGACCUGUUGGAGGAGGCCAUCACCAUGGUGAUGACAGGUCGCAUGAGCGUGUCCAAGGCCCAGGGGGUUUAUGGGGUGCCCCAUAGCACACUGGAAUACAAAAUCAAAGAGCGUACUGGAACACUGAAGAACCCGCCCAAGAAGAAAUCUGUCAACUUUUGCUCGUCCAAUUCCAACUUGUCAGGUUCUGGUACCAUGACCGGUUCCACUAACUCAGGGACUCUUGCCUCAGCUGCUGAAGCAAAGAUGUUCUAGACCACAAAAUGCCUCUAGAGCUCCUCAACACUUGAACUCAUCACCUUUGACAAGAUACAUGUUUUCUGGAGACACUUGCCUUUUACAAAAUUUAUACGGAUAUCGAUAUUCAGGUCUUUUAACUCUGUAAUGUGACAGUCCUACUUUCCGCUGUGUUUCUCUAGCUUCGUGCUGACCGUUGAUCAGCGCAGCUACGAGGUGCAACGGGGCUCUUUGCAGCUUUCGUUCACAGGGGCUGCCGAAGUCAACAAACUCUUCGCAGCCUCAGUUUUUAUCAUUAAGGCUAAAAGAUAUUAAAAGGAUAUGGCUUGCUUUAUAUUAUCUGCCUACUGUUAUCAACAAAUCCCUCUAAAAGACCAACACUAAAACUGAAUAUCCUACGAAUCUGUGCAGCCAAAGCCUGAUAUUUUUUAGUUCUCAGUGGCGAUGUGUUUUUAGAGGGAAAAGUGGCCGAUGUGCACAUUGUUGGCAUAACGUGCGUUAAAGAUGUUACAUUUUUCUUAAACUUUUAACGGGUAUGACUGUUCAUCCGCUACUUUUUCAAUUGAUCCUAUUCCCCAUUGAUUGUAUGUUUACAGCCAUUGACGGAUGACAAUAGAGUUCAAAGGCACAGAGUCUGUGGCUACAAAGACCGUACUAUUAAGCAUACAUAUCAGUUCUUGGUUUUGGUCUUGUUGGGGGAGUUUAACAGGAUAAAGUAACACCAGCAGUAUCCUCAAAGACCUUCAGGAAGUUCUUACAUUUUCAUGUCUCUGAUUUAGUUUUUCUUCGAGGGGAAAAACUCACUGAUUGUUGCCGACCACACUGCCCAGGUUUAAGCAUGCGAAACACAAUUGUGGACCCCGUAGAGCUAAGAAACAAAGGGUGACUCAUGUUUACUAGCUGUUCGAUUAUUAGGUUAUUCAGGUUUCAAUUCUUAAAGCUCCCUCUUAAUGGAGCAUCGAUGAUUGUCAUUUGCCGCUUUCUAUCUCUCUCUGGGUACUUUACCUCGGCCACUGAAGUGAUUUAGAGCCAUUAUAACAGAUUAAAAACUCUUUACUAUCGUUAGACACCUACAAACAGGGAGAUUGUACAGUAUAAUCCGCUGUGGUGGCUACAUCCUCGUUUUGAGUUGUUCCGUUGAAGAGAUUAGCUUGAGAAAGCCAUUGUGUCCGCAUAGUUCUCUCUAUUUGUGCUAUGCUAGUCUGAACAUUGUAUCGAGUGUAGUUGGAAUGCAAUUGUGCAGCAUGUUUUUUCUAAUAUGCACUGGUAAGCUUGGAACAAUGUAUGUUAUUGUGUAUGUGUACCGUUUGUAAAAAGAUGUUCUUUUAUUAUCACAGAUAUUUACUGAUUUUGCUACGGUAGCUGUAUUACUGUAAACCUCAUACAUGACUGCUGCUUGAAACUUUACUUUACCGGAGCGUUUCCCCUUCACAAAGAGGCGUAGCUACAACCGGCCCGUGUCAACUAGCCGGAAUGCCAAAUGCAUUGUGUCGUGACGCCGCAGGUUUACCGGUGGUUUGUGCAGUGGACCUGACUAGUUCCUGGUGGGGACAGUGACGUGAUCCCGCUCACGGACCUCGUUGUGUGCGUCUGGGGAGAUGCUGAAUGUUGCGUCUACACUCGUGUCUGCCACUGAGAUGGACCUAUUUCCAUUUACAGUGCUUCUACCAAAGCAGCUGUUCAGGGUUACCCACACAAAGCUGCUUUGAUUUGUUUUACUGUGUGUGUGCGUGUGUGUCUCUCUCUCUAACCUCGUUGCCACAUAUAUACCUCUGAACUUUAUCUGCCUAAAGCCGGCUGCCAGGUUUCACAUCAAGACCUCUUGUGUUAUGACACUGAGUCUGCUGGGCUUUUCGCUUAGCAACGCUUGUGAGCUGUUUGUCUCCAGGACAACCACAUAUGUGUAAAUGUAUUGCCAUCAACAACACUUCACUUUACGUCAAGUCAAUUAUUAUACCGCCAGGCAACCGUUUUGUUCUGGAAGAUUUUUAUUUUAUUUUUUUAAACUGUUGAAAUGCUGCCAUGUGGCGUUCACAGGAGGUCUGCCAUGUUCUUAGCACCCACCAGGAAGCAGCACUUCUUGGUGGUAGUAGUUGUCCUUGUUGGUUAUCUUUGUGUGUGUUAUUUGUCAUUUUUAAGGCUAAUUGUAACCGUGUUGUUUGGUCAGGUUGUUUAGGCAUUUCAACCUUUGUAACUUUGGCAACGCUGCGAGAGGUCUGCGCUCCUGAAUGUCUCUUUACAGAACACAGUGCAGCAUGAUGUGUCGACUCUGGGAAUGAUCUGCUAUUUAUAUAUGUGAACAAGCCUAAACACCUCUUGAGAAAUAGAAAAAUAUUUCAUAGUAUAUGUUUCACUGCAGUGUAUUCAGGGAACACACCGGGGCUUGUUUUCAAACUUUACGCUUCAGGCAUUUUUUGUUUACUUUGGACUGAACUGCUGGCGACUUUGAAACGACUAAACAGAAAUCUGCUAUUUAUGCAUCACAUUUUUGCACUAUUAUUUAUAAGAAGCAUUUUUUUGUUGUAGAAACCCUUUGUGUUGUUGCUGCCUACUUAUUUAUUGAUUGUGCUUCAGAACUGUGCUUUUACUAGUUUGUUGUAGCUAUUGAUUUGUCAUGGGGCACUUUGAUGAAAUGUGAAGUGAAUAUUGCUGCAUGAGCGCUUUUAAAUGUUAGCACAUAUGAUUUUUUUAGUCCUAAAACGACACCCUUGACUAUUGUGGUUGUUUAGUGCUUAUGUUAAGAUUUAAUUAUUUAAGUGAUUUUUAAAACAAAACAUUUGGUAAGUUACACUACAGAAUGUAAAACUCUUAUACUGCAUCCGGUCCAGUUGAACCUUGACAAAGACUUAUACAGCUCUUGCAUUGUGGGAAUACUAUCCAUAGACAGAACAUUUAAGCUAAUUUAAUGAUAUUUAAAAUGGUUUGCUUGUUUUCUAGUGAAACUAAUCACUCACAGGACCUUAUUUAACUCUUCGUUGAUAGGAUUUUUUGUUGCUGUUUUGUCGGUGAAAGUGCUGUUGAAGUUAACAUUUUGGUUUAAUCGUUCUACAAUCGUUCCUUCUGCUUCCUGCAGAAUGUUAUUGUUCGCCUUCAACAACUCAUCAAUAAAACAGUUAUUUAAUCAUU